AUGGAUUCCAAUGGCGACCCGGCACUUCCUUCUCCGAACCUGCCAAAAAGGAGCAGAAUUGAUGCACAUGAAGAGGAGGGAUUUGGUUCCUCAGCUCCGGUUCAAGCGGCUGCCCCGUACGUUUUCCCCAAUGUUCCUGACGAACUCUGCUUCGAAAUCUUUUCAAGAUUACCAGCCAAAUCCUUGGGUAGAUUUGAACGUAUAUCCAAACCAUGGAAGUCUUUAAUCUCAAACCCGAAUUUCAUCAAAGCCCAUCUCCGAAUUGCGUGUGGAAGGGAUGAUUUGGGUCAUAAAGGUAUCAUCUUUAGAUCAAAUUCUCCCUCCCACAUAAAGAAAUGCUCUGUUAGUUCUGUUGUGGAUCCAGCCACAGGUGAAGCUUUCACCAGUACCGAGCUAUCUGACACUGAUUAUCCAAUGAAAGACACAGAGAAUCAGCCUACUCGUUUUGAUAUAUUUGGGUUUGGUUAUGAUGAAUUGAAUGAUGAUUACAAGGCCGUCAGGGUUCAUAUUCCAAGUGGACUUGAUGUGACUGAAGUUAGAGUGUAUAGUUUAAAGAAUGAUUCUUGGAGUCCUGUUGGAUUAGAAAAGGAUAUUGUUCCGUCUGGAUUUUACUCUGGACAAUAUGCAAAUGGAAAUCUCCAUUGGGUUAUGACCCUACGUGGUAACAAUGAAUGGAAAUUCUCAGGUUUGAUUUGGCGAGUGAGAGAUUUGGGGAAAUCGAGUGGCCAAAAGCAUGGAGUGGAAGACUCAUGGACUAAACUCGUUUCUGUUCCUUACAUAGAUUAUCCUGAAGAUUUCUCAUCCUCUUUGCCUGUUUGCAUGUUAAGCAACGGUGAUAUACUAUUGAUCAUCCGUUCGAUGUUGGUACUGUAUAGUCCUAAGAGUAACACUUUCAGGUGGUAUCCUCGAAUAAACAAAAUUGACGAAGUGAGUAUAUUUAUUGAGAGUUUUGUAUCACCUGAUUUCCAUGAUGGAGAGCAAGGGCCAUUCUAG